AUGGCUAAUAACUUUUUCCUUUUAUUUGUAUUUGUUUUUGCUAGUCAAGUGAUUGGCGGAUUGAAUACAAAGCUACCACCUCCUUCCUAUGGAAAUACAGUAAGCAUUCUUAGUAUUGAUGGAGGUGGGAUUAAGGGAAUUCUUCCAACUGUUAUUCUUGAGUACUUGGAAAAUGCUCUUCAGAGUGUGUCAAGAGAUGAAAAGGCAGCACUAGCAGACUAUUUUGAUGUGAUAGCAGGAACAAGUACAGGAGGAAUCAUUACUGGAUUGCUAACUACUCCUAACCCUAAUGACACUUCACGUCCUUUAUUUACUACUAAACAAAUCUUACAAUUCUACUUGGAAUUUGGUCCUUCUAUAUUCAACCAAACUUAUGCUAUUGGUUGGGAUAAUGAUACUCCACAUGCCAAGUUUGACGGCAAGUUCUUACAUGAAAAGGCACAUGAGCUUUUGCAAGAAACACGUCUGCAUGAUACAUUGACCAAUGUUGUAAUUCCAACCUUUGAUACCGUUGAUUUACACCCAGUUAUCUUCUCAAGCUUUAAGCUAAAGACUGUUCCUAGCCUUGAUGCAAAACUUUCUGAUAUAUGUAUUGGGACUUCAGCUUUCCCAUCCCAACUACCACCGUAUGCCUUUAAGAAUGGUGAUAAGGAAUUCAAUCUAGUUGAUGGGGCUCUCACUGCAGCUGGCCCGGUAAAUUCUUCUUGA